AUGAAGCUCGCUGGAAUUCCAUCCCAAAUCAUGUCAUAUCCGCAGGAAGUUCGAAUAGAGAAAUUGACCUGGAUUAGCUAUCGUGGAUUUACAAUGUUUCAGAUGAAUACAACUACUCUUAUAAACACUCUAAGGGCACCUCUAAGCAAGGUGAGGAACAAAAGAAAAAGUAUAAAACAUGAAGCUGCUGGAAUUCCAUCCCAAAUCAUGUCAUAUCCGCAGGAAGUUCGAAUAGAGAAAUUGACCGGAUUAGCUACUCUGGGAUUCGAACCCAGAUCGUCUCGUAUCCACGUCUGGACGAGAAACGUACCGGAUGAGCUACUGCGGAUUUACGACAACAUGAAUGCAUGA